AUGGAGAACCUGUCUGACGUUAAACAACCAGUUGCUAUUGUCGUCAAAUACAUUGGGAUGACAAAUACGUUAAAUAUUACUUUCAGUCCAGAAUCAGUCGCUGAUAUGGUAAUUACAAAUGCACACACUUUGAUGUUAACUCGUUUUGUGGUUCAAAAGAUUCUGGUACCUAUUAUUGUAUUUACUGGAUUAUCUGGUAAUCUUGUAAGCAUUGCAGUAUUGACAAAUCCGUCUAUGAAAUCAUCGACAAAUUGUUAUCUGACGUUUUUAGCAGUUUUUGACAGUUUAUAUUUGAUCACCAGUUUCACAUUAAGUUUCAAUCAUUACGAAACAAUUAAAGAUGAAUACAUUUUCAAGCAUUGGUAUCCAUAUGGACGUGUCUUGUCUGACAUGUGGUCAAAUGCUUCAGUUAUAUUAACUGUGACGUUUACUAUUGAACGAUAUAUUGCUGUCUGUCAUCCAAUGAGAGGUCGAGUUAUUUGCACACCAAAAAGGGCAAAAAUCAUUGCUAUUGUGAUGGCAGCAUGUGCGCUUGCGUGUACGAUUCCCGAAUUUUUCGAAUGGAAGUUAGUUUACGAGAAAGAUGACAACGUGACUAUUGUUCGAGUUGAUACAACAGAAUUUGCUAAACAGGAAUCAUAUAGUAUCGGGUAUUAUUAUUUCCUUGCUUUUAUGUUUACUUUCAUACCUUUGAUAGCACUGUGUAGCUUCAACUCCAUUUUAAUAAGGUCUGUGUGUAAAGCAAAUGAAAUACGGAAAGUAAUGACCCAUACAAUUGCCACGAGAUCCGGUGACCGUCGACAAUGGGAACAGCAUAAAACAACAUUAAUGCUUAUAGGUGUAGCUGUUGUUUUUAUCAUUUGUCAACUCCCGUCAGCUACUCUUAUUAUAUAUAACACGUAUUUAGACGCAGCUGAUGUCAGUCUAAACGGAAACGAGAUUAAUAAUCUACGUAUUGCUGGCAACGUUUCAAAUACAUUGAUUCAGUGCAAUGCAGCGAUGAAUUUUAUAUUAUAUUCAGUUAUGAGCACAAAAUUCCGAAGAGUAUUUUUUAGGAUGCUUUAUAGAAUAAUGCCAGGCAGGAAAAGUGAAAGUCAAUAUUACAGAGAAGCUACAUAUUUUACCGGUGUUUCUUUUUCUAAAAACACAACUGCUCAACACAUUGUUCGUUAUAAAGGACUUUCCCCAUUGAAAACAAACAACAUUUAUCGGCAACGAUUUACAGACAUUCCUUCACCAUGCUCAUCAAAUAGAAGUCCGUAUCACAGUAGGGACAAUCUAAACGAUUCAUCCGAUUCAAUUGUGUUAAAAGAAAGAAUAUUUAUGAAAAAUGGAGAUGCAAACACAAGUUCUGGGACAAGUGUUUAA